AAUGUUACGAAUAGCAUGCGGACACUUAACAAACACUGCUACAAAAUGAACACACCCUUAAAAGUACAACGAGAUGCAGUCGGCGAUCCUUUCUUCGUUACACACUUCGUAAGAAGACACAGAACAGCUUGAUGCACUCAACAAUGGAGCGUUGGUCAGGUCGUGUUGCCGUGGUAACGGGAGCCAGUGCUGGGAUAGGAGCGGCCAUCGCCCAUGAACUCGUCAAGAAAGGGCUCAAAGUGGUCGGACUGGCGCGCAGAGUGGAGAAGGUUGAGGAACUGUCCAGCUCUCUCAAGUCAGAAAAAGGUAAAAUGUACGCGGUUAAAUGUGACGUCACUAAGGAGUCCCAUGUUACGCUGGCCUUCAAAUGGGUUAAGGAAAAUCUAGGUGGUGUUGACAUCCUCGUCAAUAAUGCUGGUGUAGCAAUUGACAGCUCUCUUAUUGAUGGCUCAACAGAGGAUCUGAAGAAAAUGCUGGAUUUAAAUAUCUUAGCUCUGAGUGUGUGCACCAAAGAAGCGCUCAAGUCCAUGAAGGAGAGAGGAGUGGACGACGGACACAUCAUCAACAUCAACAGCGUUGCUGGUCAUAUACCUCCGCAGGAUUACUUUUGUAUGUACGCUGCGACAAAACACGCGAUCACAAUCCUCACCGAGGGUCUCCGCCGAGAACUGGUUGCGCGGGACUCAAACAUACGUGUCACCAGUAUCAGUCCUGGGUUGGUGAAGACGGAUUUGCCUCCGAAAGUGGUACUGCAAGUAUCCCCUUACUUGAACCCUGAAGAUAUAGCCGGCAGUGUUGUGUACGUUUUGGAUACACCACCGCAUGUCCAGAUUCACGAGCUCACAAUUCUGCCGGUGAGACAACGUCUCUGAAUUUUGCCUACAGCUGUACGCUUUAGUUCAACCGCUUAAGACGAAAACGCGUAAUUUGAAGAUCACCUUCCAUUAACCCAACAUUAAAAAUGGUGGUUGCUUCAUUGAGAGAAUAUUCUUCAUUAGAAAAAUUAGUGUUCCGGUACUUUUUAGAGUAUUUGCAAGUGAAAGCGUCCAUGACAGAAUGUCCUUUCUUUCGAGACUACAAACUAGAUCACUUAUUCAGUGUGCUAACUAGGCUACGGAUUGAAUGUCUGGAUUCGAUUAUCGAUAGGAAUCUUUGUGUUCGUUACCAUAUCCAGACCGACUUUACUCAACCUCCUAUCCAGUGGAUAUCUGAGAUAAUGUUUCUGGGGUCUGGAUAAGGAAAACUAGAAUGAUAUAUGACGUAUUACCUUACGUUUAGGUACUAACUGUUUCUUACUUCACAAAAUUCAAGGGGACAAAAGGCACUACCAGUGUUUUACAAUUUUAUGGGUGGAAAAAUUCACACAACAUUACAAUAUUCAUACAUUAUGAUUGAAUUUUAAAUAUAUAUGCACUUAAAAUCUUUUGUGUCUAAAAUUUAUUUUAUAAAAAUACAUAGUUCCCUUUUUUAACAAUCGCAAAUUUCAAGAUACAUCAGAAAUAUAUCUGAAGAUGUCUGUCUUCUGGAGUUGUAGCGCCGCGUAGUCUGGUAGAAGUUUACCAAUGUUUCAGAGGUCCUUGCUGCCUCCAUUAUCAGGGAUAAUUGCCCUUCUACCAGACUAAAAGUCCCCGCAACCCAGAAGAUAUCCAUCUUCGUACUCACUGCAGUGAAAACCUCAAAUCCUACUUAGAAGCACGUCUUUUAAAAUCCUUCCUAUUUCCAAUGCUUAAAUAAAUUAUGCACAUAACAUUUUCAGAACAGUAAUUUAAAUAACUAAUUAAUUACUACUUAAGUAAAUCUUAAACAUGCUGAUCUGCUUACAAAGUAUGCAAGAUAGCACAUGACCACUCGGACGUAUUUCUAAAAUGCAAUAGAUUAUAUAAUCGGUAUAAGAAACAGAACAAUUACAAACCUGUACCGAUAAUUUAUGCACGCUGUGGAAGAAUGUAACGAGACAACAGUUACAUCACAUUUACAGCUAUUUACAUUGAUACAGUGUAUAUAAGACAAGCUUAUUUCCUUUAUGCAUAAGCAAGAAAGCUAAAUUAUAAGUGGUUACAGUAAUUUCAAGCUAAAGUUGUUCCAAACUGCUAAACAUGUUCUGCAAAAGACUGGAAGUGAGUCCUACAACGGACCAGCUAUUCAAAGCUUACAAGAAAGUAAAGUGUAACAACAUGCAAAAUAAACUUUGUGCUUUGAGAA